CUCAGUCAAGUCUGAGUCUUGUUGGUCUGAAAUCCAUUGAACGGACGACAUUUUCGGAUGCCGUUCGUUUUCGGACGUUGCAAUGUUUUUAACGAAACGGGAAUUUGCAGCUGCAUUGCUGGGACUUUUAUUUGCCUUGUUGGCAAAUCAAAUCGUUCAAACUGAUCAAAUCCAAAUAAUUCCGGAAGGGGAAAAGGACCAACACGGGAUUGGGCAACACAUCAUUGAAGCCGGCUCAACCCUACUACUCACUUGCGUCGAAGAGUUGCACCUUUCAAAAAAUAAAAUAAGAUGGAUCAUUCCCCGAAUCACCCAAAGAAAAGAAAAAUCGGCCAAACGAGUGAAAAUAACAACUUUUAGGAAUGAAACGGACCUGAUUUCGACGAUGACGUUGACAAAUGCCACACCCAUCGACACGGGAUUCUACAACUGUGAAAGGAAAGGGGCGGCAAAUCGCUACGUUUACGUUUUCAGUCACGAAAAACUCGUUUUUAUGGACAUACAACAUAAUAACUUGACCGUCCCCAAAGAAAGGGAAUCGAUCCGGAUUCCUUUGAAAACGACACAUCCUAACGUCAGCAUUUCAGUUUUUCGACAAACCAAUGAAUUAGGAGUCGAAUUCCAACAGGAAUUUGUCAAGAUAUUCGAUUCGUCGUCACUUGAAAAUUCCAGAUUUUCAUUCGACUCUAAAUGGGGACUGGAGUUAAGGAGUCCACAGGUUUUCGACUCGGCAUAUUAUUAUUUUGUCGGCCAUUUGCCCAGCUUGAAUGGGAAAAAACGCGUCAAUAUUAAGCAUGACGAUGACACUGAAGAAUUUCGGAGCUGGUUGUUUCUACUGGAUGCAAUCAACGAAACCGACAUAACGCGCUUGCCUGUAAUUGUACAAGGAAUAGAAUUGGAACGAACGGGAGCACCUGCCGACCCAGUGGAAGGAUCCGACGUUACAUUAAUUUGCAGCACUGCCUACGAUGACAUGUCUAAUCGCCCGAAGUGGUUCUAUCAUGUCAAUGUUAAUUAUUCCCUAUUCCACUACCCAGAGGAAAGUAACAGCACGAAUAACUUGAUGAACUUUUCAGAGAAAGAAGAAUCGGAAACUUUGUUCCAGCAACGGAAAAAUGAUAUUCAAAUAAAGACGGAAAGCAAAUUUCAUUUCUUCUCCAAAAGUCAAUUGCAUCUGCAUAACGUAACCCUAAAUACUCCCUACACGAAAUUCAAAUGCAAAAUCAGCAAUGAAGGAUUAUCUUUAGAUCAAGAAAUUUCUUUUGCUGUUAAAGAAAUAAACAACGCCCCAGAGAAUAAUAUUAUUACCCUAGAAAAAGAAGUCGCACAGAAUUUGACUUGCAACCGAUUGUCGCAACAUGUUCCUAUUCAAUGGCUCAAGGAUGGCAAACAUUACAAGGACAACAUUUUCGAAAACAAAUCUACAUCUGUUUUGUCUCUGCAAGGAAACGGUAACGAAAGAGGAACUUACGUGUGUCGAUGGAAUAACAGCAGAGGAGAGGCCAGACACAGAAACUUCAUCGUCCAAUCUUCUCUCGAAAGAGGAAAUACAUUAAUCGUAGUAGUUGCAUUUUUAAUUGGAUUAUUUGCAAUCGGAAUGGGAAUCGGCAUUAAAUUUUACUUUGACAAGAAAAAACUGGAAGAUGUGCUGGAGAAAAAAAUGAAUGGAGAUCUAGACAAAAUCGAUCCAGAUGUUCCAAUGGAUUAUCAAUCGGAAUUCCUGCCCUACGAUAAGAAAUGGGAAUUUCCAAAGAAGCGGCUCAGACUCGGUGAAGAACUCGGAUCCGGUUGUUUCGGUAGAGUUAUCAAAGCCGAGGCCGUGGGUAUCAAAGACUCGGAUGAAACUGUGACAACAGUGGCUGUCAAAAUGAUCAAACCUAAUGCGAAAUCUCAUGACACACUUGACGCACUUAUCAGAGAAUUAAAAAUUCUGAUUUAUUUGGGGCCUCACUUAAAUGUCGUUAAUUUAAUGGGGGCCUACACCAAAACAAUCGCCAAUGCCGAAGUUCUGGUAAUAAUCGAGUUCUGUCGAUUUGGCAAUAUAAAAUCACAUUUGAUAAAACAUCGAGGUAAAUUCAUCAAUCAGCUGGACGCUUUUGGUAUAUUGAUACCUGAGAAAGAAACGACGGAAAUCGAAAAAAACGCUAAUCAACAAGUAACUUAUGAUAUUACAGUAAAUCCCAUUUGUAAUGCAAAGGCAUUGGUCAAUGAAAACUCUGAAUUUAAACGUCAGUUUAACACCCCAGAAAUAAAUUCGGACGCAAAUUUGAAUCAAAUAGUUAAAACAAGCGACUUGAUAUCCUGGUCAUUGCAAGUUGCACGAGGGAUGGAAUUUCUAGCAAGCAAAAAGGUAUUGCACGGCGAUUUGGCCGCCCGCAACGUCCUAUUGGCCGAUCAAGGAGUAGUCAAAGUGGCCGAUUUCGGAAUGGCCAGACAAAUGAAAAAUUACGACUACCAGAAAAAUGGAGAAGAGUUAUUACCAGUCAAGUGGAUGGCCAUCGAAUCCCUGAUGGAUAAAAUCUUUUCCAGCCAAUCAGAUGUCUGGUCCUACGGAAUUCUCUUGUGGGAAAUCUUUUCCCUCGGCCAAGACCCAUAUCCAGGAAUGGAGAAUGGCUGGGCACUCGUAAAAGAAAUUCUAAAUGGAUACCGAAUGAAAAAACCGGAAUAUUCGCCCGUUUUUUUCGAUCAAAUAAUGAAAAACUGUUGGCAAAAAAAGCCAAAAGAAAGACCAACUUUCCUCCAACUGGUUGAUAUGAUAGAAACGUACAUCAAAUUUAAUUUCAGUUUAGAUUAUUUAGACUGAGAAUUCCCAGAAUACAGAGAAAAAGAACGUUUAACCAA